AUGGCCCCUACUAAGCUCCUUCUCACUGGCGCCACCGGCUACAUCGGUGGUACUGUGCUCACACAACUGCUCAAGUCGCAAGUCCCGGAUAUCCAGACUUUGUCUGUCUCUGCUUUGAUCAGGAAUCCGGAGCAGGCCGAGCUGUACGCCUCCAAGGGGGUGACUCCCAUUCUGUUUAUCGGUCUUGAAGAUGUAGAACAUCUUCGACGCACAGCAAGUGGCUACGAUAUCAUCAUCCAUGCCGCAGAUUCAACAAGCCCUGCGGCUGUAGAAGCCUUGAUUCUCGGGCUUGCAGACAAUCAAGAUACCAGCAAGGAGAAAUACUUCAUUCACACGAGUGGAACUUCAAGUCUUGGCGACCGGCCCAUCACUGAAAAACUCAUCGAGUCGAGAGAAUUUUCCGAUAAGAGCGACAUAUACAGCUACAUGAAGCAUCGCGAGGAGAUCGAAUUCUAUGCUCAACGUGCAACGGAUAUUAAGACCGUUGAGGCUGGUGAACAGGCAGGCGUCAAAACCCUUGUCGUCAAGGCACCUAUAAUCUACGGCAGAGGCACAGGAUUCUUCAAUAAAAAGUCAUUCCACAUACCGGUCCUCAUUCAGGGUGCAGUUGCAGCUGGACGGGCAGAGUAUGUCGCUGAAGGUGCUUGUGCAUGGGAUUAUGUUCAUGUGGAGGACCUGGCUGCAUUUUUCGAGCUUCUCACAACCAAGGUCCUAAGGAAUGAAGUUGUGCUAUCAGGGCGGAAGGGUAUCUACUUUGCCAGCACUCUGAGGCAUUCCUGGAAGGAACUAGCCGAGGUUAUAGGUGAAUUUGGCUACAAACUUGGCCAUUUGACAUCCCCAGAACCUCAAUCAAUUACCCUGAGUGAAGCAGCCGAGAAGUAUACUGGGGGAAACGAGCAGCUAGCAGAAGUUGGUCUAGCGUCAAACUCCCUUACAAAAUCCGACUUGGGUCAAGAAAUUGGUUGGGUGUCGAAGAAAGAGGAAGUCGACUUUAGGCAAAGUAUCGUCGACGACUUUGACUUAUUAUUCGGCAAAGCAUAA